GGAAGUCAUGGGUACAAAAAUGGUAAAUUGGUUCAGAAAUUCAUUUAAAAAUAUAAGGAAAAAAAUUAUGAUCGUGCGUGCAUUCAAUACCGAGAUAUUCACCGUCAAAGUUAGCUAUUUUUGCACCUGCCCGAAAUCAAUCAACUGAACUUCCGGUUUUACUAUAUUUAGCCAUAAUGACGUGUGACGUCACAACCCAUCAGUCUCAAACAGGCCAGUAUGGCAAAUGCGAACGAUACCUCCGUUUCUGUGGACGAAAUCGACCUCCACAUAUCAUUUGAAGCGUCUUCCUUUGAAGAUUAUCGUAACGAGUACGUACAGACAUCGUCCCUUACCAAUAUGAGCCAGCUGCAACGGAUUCUGACUAUUUUGACGAGUUAAAUGCUGAACGUGAACAACUUGAACAUCGCCUCGGAAGCACGGAAUGGUGUUCAUGUGGAUUCUAUUUCCAUGUCAGCUGCCAAGGAAAGUGCAUGCUGCACCGAAUUGUCAAGGGUUGAUGAGGAGAGGGAGUCAAUAAACAAGGAACUGGUCCGCAUUACUGAACACCCUGGGUUUUCAUCAGUGUGUUUAGAUGAGUAUGAGCUCGAGACGGCAUACUACCAAUACUGGUCCCAGUAUGGAGAAAUGAGGGUAACAAUUGAAGAGCAAGUCAAUUUUUUUAUUGAUCUAAUCAAUACAAAAUUCACAUGACCAUUGGGUCCCAUUGCUAGUUUAUCAUUAGUGAAUAAUUCCAAACAUUUCCUGGAAUUGCAGGUGUAACAGAUACACAGCACUCAGACAAUUUGUUUGAUGGUGCUAAGGAUACCUAGGGCACAAGGUACGAGUCCCUCUACCAUCAUGUGCUGUGACGGAAUUCCUUUGCCUCUGAGGUGUAUCAAGGGUUCAAUGCACCUGAGUGAUGGUAUGAUUUGGAUGAAGUAACUUUUUUAAAUAAAUGUACGAUUCAUACAUAAUGUAUACAAAAAAAUCAAGCACAACAUUCUAACAGAAAUGGCCCAAAAUAGUACAUUUAUGGACAUAAUAGUAGUAAAAAUAUCAUAAUUAUAUACUGGCAAAACAGAAUACUACAAAAUAUCAAUUUUCUAGAAAACAUCAGCUACACAAACAAUAUUUUAAAUAAAAUGUUUCUGCACCCAGGCACGGGACGAGGACCCUGCUUUCAUGUUCCC